AUGGUUGUGUCCACCAUCACAGUUCAUUUGGUGUUUGAUCAGCCCAUUGGAGAGAUGAGGUUCCUUAUAUUAUUUUUGAGUGUGGUGGCAGUGGUGUAUUGUGGUCCAGUUAAUCAAGACGAGAACUUGGCUAGGGCUCUCUUGGAGCCGUUUGUGAAGUGCCAAAACAGUGAUUACUAUCUUUGCGGAAAGGAAUAUGUCCUGAAAGCUGUCGAGAAGAUCCGAACCUUAAGGACACUGAACAUCAUCGAUGGCAUCACCCUCCUCAACAACAACCCUAAGGAAUCCAGGAGCUUGGAGACCCUCUCUAGUGAGCCAGCUGUUAGAACCAAACAAGUCAAUGAGAAGCUCUGGGAGACAGCCUCUGAAAUACUUCAGUCAAGCGAACUUGAACUUAGCUAUGGACCCGAAGUUGAAGAAUCCAGAGCUAUUGAUGACGUUGAAGAAGGUCGCGGCAAGAAGAAGAAGUUGAAGAAGAAGCUGAAAAUGCUCAUCCCUCUUAUGAUCCUCGCCAAAGCCAAGGCCAUAGCUUUAGUCGUGGCGGCACUGCUCAUCAUAGCUGCUUCGAUCUUCAAGAUCGCCCUCCUCGCCAAGAUUGCUUUCAUUAUCAAGAUCAUUGCAAUCAUCAAGGCAUUGUUGGCCAAGAAGCACGCUCAAGAGGAGGUGUCCUGGGAAUCCCAUGGCUGGGAGCCACAUGCCGAUCCUCAUGCUCAUGUUGAACAUGGCCAUGGUUGGGAGGGAGGCUGGUCUAGGUCUAGAAAUGAGGCCAACAACAUGGCCUACUCUGCCUAUAAGAAGUAA